AUGGGCUUCUUCUGCAUGCAGUACAUUCACGACUUUGGCUUACCACGGGAGGAACUUGAAGGACACCGGGUCCAGAAGGCUCAAGCUGUUGCUGUGCUGCAUGAGGUGAUCCAGGGGGUCUUCACACUUUUCUGCGCGCCGGGCUCAUCUGCUACCUGGAACAAUACCAUCCUGGACAUACUGUGCUCUAGACUCCACUGGCAGCUGAGUGAUAUGGAAGCUUGUGUGAAGCAAGAAGUGGAGGUGAAACAGACACCCACGAUACAGAAUCCCUCUGUACGAGCUGUGAAUAAAUACUUCAGAAAUAUCCACCUCUAUCUGACAGAGAAGGAAAACAGCCCUUGUGCCUGGAUGACUGUCACACUAGAAGUUUCGAGAGCCAUGUCUUUAUCAACAUUCUCGCAAGAAAGAUUAAGUAAGGAUUGA